UUUAUGUAAUGAUUAUAGGAGCCGCUGAUCAAGCUAACACACAAUUAAAUCAGCAACCAUCCGCUGCUGGACAAGCAGCAUAUGUAGCUAAAAAUACUCUGGCUCAAGCGGCAGCACAAUCCGCGGCGACAGCUGCUGCAGCUUUAGCCGGCAAACAGAUUAUAGUGAUGGGUCUAGAACAACAAUCGAGAGACGCGCAAGUCGCAGUAGACGGAGAAAAGCAACAAUUGCAACAGGCUCAGCGGGCGGCUGCAGCUGCAAAAAAUGCAGCGCAACAAGCGAUGCACCAAGUGCAAGUGAUUACCACGGCGUUGAACGCGGCUCAAGCAACCGCCGAACAUGCUGCACAAGCUGCAUCGGAGGCUGCAGCUGAGCUGGCAGCGCAGACAACGAUGGUGGGCCAGGCUAAAGCGCGAGCCGAAACGAUCGCCGAGCAGCUCGCGGCAGCACGUUUAGACUUCGAGACUACGCAAGCGGCCGCACAAAAAGCCGCAAACGCUGCACAAGCCGCGCAAAACAAUGCCGCGGCCGCAGCCGCGCAUGCGGCUAAUACUGCAGCUGCAGCUGCAGCAGCACACCACCCAGCUUCUCUACACGAUGACGAGGCGCUCGGUUUGGUGAACGCUCUACCGGUAGAUGCCUACGAAUAUAAAAAUUAUCAUCUCUGAGAGAGAGAAAAAGGGAAAAGAGAAAAAAGAGAUACUCACGCUCAUAUUUCUUCUCUUUACAAGUACUUGUUCGGCAACACAGCGCGGAAUAUCGUUGUUUUUUUUUAACAACAACAAGCCAUUUUUUUCUUUUUUUCUAUUUUGUGAAACACAGCAAUAUAUAUCAUAUAUCACUGUGUUCACGUGCCAGACUGCACAAUAAAACAUGGUUGCCAUUCUGAA